UCUGUGAUCUGUGGAGGCGAAAGAACGUCCUCGUCCAUCAAAUUGCCACUUACAUCAAAUCGACUUGACUGAAGAAGAGUCGGAAUUGUAUUGUGCGUUUAUGGUGUGAUUUAUUUUACAUUUUCAAAAUUAUAAGCACGAAAUCGUGACCAUGAUUCCUCUGCGCUAUACCCGAAAUUUGUUUCUACGGGCAUUUUGUAUUGUUUACUUGUCUGCAUUUUUAUCAUUUUACAUUCAAAUUCCAGGUUUAUAUGGUGAUAAUGGUGUGCUACCAGCGAAAGCAGUUUUAGAAAAUAGUAAACAUAAGACACUUUCUGCGAAAGUGCAUUACCAACCAACAUUGCUUUGGUUAGCACCAUAUCUGGGCUUGGAUACGAAUUAUGCUCUUGAUGUGUUAGCUCUGCUGGGGGCAUUCUUAGCUUUUACUGGGCUGGUAUCACAAAAGUUUUGCACUAUUCCUCUUUUUGCUGGUCUUUGGUCGUUAUAUUUCUCUCUAUUUCAAAUAGGCCAGACCUUUGUUACAUCAAGCUACGAUGAAUUCCUUUUGGAAGCUGGCUUUCUGGCAAUUUUGGUUGCUCCACUUUUACCGGGCAGAAAAAAGGGUUCCAAAGGCGCAUCUAGUGAUUUUGUUAGUUUUUGGCUAGUGAAAUGGUUCCUCUUUAGGUUUUUGCUUACAGUCGGUUUAACGAAAUUCAUCAGUGGAUGCCCAAAGUGGUGGAGUCUUACGGCUUUAUAUUAUCACUUUCAAACUAUGCCUUUACCAAGUCCAUUAUCAUGGUAUUCCCACCAUUUACCUGAUUGGUAUCUGAGGUUGAUCCAGAUAUUUGCUAACGUUUCCGAGAUUGUCCUACCGUUUUUCUUCCUCGUUCCGAUCAGAAGUGUACGAUUGACGAGUUUUGUUUUCCAGAUCGUCCUACAAAUAUGUAUUGUUCUCACCGGAAACUUUGAUUUUUCGAAUAUGUUAAUUGUAACGCUGCUUUUGUCUCUGUUAGACGACCAAUUUUUCUACGGAAGGAAAAAAGCACUUAGCAGAUGGACGAUUGUGGGCAAAAUUGUAAAUGUCGUAAUAUUCGGGGGAAUAUUGUAUGGUGUGGUUAAUUUAUAUUCACUGAAAUUUGGUGGAACGCAUAUUGAAUCCAAUAUUGCUUUCACGAAAAUUCAAUUCGACAACGUUUUAAGCCAGGGCUUAACAUACACCAUCCAUUUUGGCCUGUUGUCACUAGCUGGAACAGUUUUAUAUACUUUGUCCCACGUCUUGUUCGAUAAUCAAGGAUCUGGAAGUAAAACCGUAGGAAUUAUUUCAACUGUCUUCUACGGGAUUGUUGCCGUUCUUUUGUUCUUUGCUAAUGCGGUUCCUUUGGCAUCUUUACAUCCAACGUCCAAUUCAACAGUAGCCCCAUCGGUUCGUACCGUUUACAACAGACUACAUAAGCUGCACGCCGUUAACCAAUACGGACUGUUUCCCAGAAUGACAGGAGUGGACGGUCGACCCGAAAUAAUUCUCGAAGGAUCCGAUAGCAUAGAAGGACCUUGGAGGGAAUACAAUUUCUUGUAUAAACCAGGAAACGUAAAUCACUCCCUGCCGUUUGUCGCACCUUACGCUCCAAAGUUGGACUGGCAAAUGUACUGGGCGGCGUACAGCACUUACGAAAAACAACCGUGGCUGUUGUCCCUAACUCACAGGCUCUUGGUGGGAAAACCGGAGGUGCUCGCGCUUUUGGAUAAACUGCACUCGCCCUACACGCAAAAACCACCGAGGUACAUCAGGGGAAUCCUUUACAGAUACAAGUACACCCCGUGGAGCCAAAAAUCCCAGUCAACCUGGUGGGUGCGUGAAAGGGUAUCAGAAUAUUUCCCCGCAUUCUCCAGGGAUUCACCGGCUCUGAUCGAAUUCUUGAAGGCACGGAAUUUGCUACCGACACUGUCCAAACAAACUGUCAAUCCCAUCUGGAAACAGGCACUCGACAGCAUCAGAUACGUAACAAACCACCUGGAAGCGACUUUGUUGUUCUGGUCCGUCUUGACGGCAGGUCUCGCCCUAAUCUGUACAUCGGGCUCGGGAAAAAAAUAAGCCAAAUAGAUUUUUCACCGUUUUCUAAAUACUUUUACAACCGUUUAUUGAUUUUAUAGUUUUUAAAGUUUUUCCUUGGUUUCGGUCGUCAAUUUACCUUAUUUAUUGUUCUUUUUUUUAUUGAAAAAUAUUUAAUACAUACAUAAGAACUACAAACGUUAAUUUUCCCUUUGUACUUUGUUUUUGCUUAACGGGGCAUUAGUUAUUUUGAUUUUUUUUAUUGUUAUACCAUGUCGAAGAAUACAGGGUUGCCAAAGAACCACGAUAUAUAUUUUUCACCAAACUCUGAAGACAUCACAGGUUUACCUUCUCGAAUGGUUCGUUAUUAUUAACCUUUCAUAUUAUCAUAUUGUAUCAAGCAGGAGUCAAUAUAGGAAAGUGUGGGUCCUAUUUUAUUAAUACUUACAUGGAGGUAAGCGGCCAGCAAAUACUUGGUAAGUUUCGUUUUUACGAGUUUGGUUCUCCGUCGUUACAAACUAAAUUAAACUCGAUGAAAAUGAUUCGAGUUAGUUUCGGAAAUUUUAGUGCAAUAGAAAAAAUAUUCACAAAACUUCUGCCAUGAAAAAUUAAUUAAUUUAAUUUAAAAAAUCUACUUUUUAACGCAUUAAUAAAAUAGGCUUUCCCUAGAAAAUAUCAUGAAUAUUAUCAUUAAACAAGUAAUGGUAUUUAAGUAAAAAUUUCUUUAUAAUAAUAGUAACAGUAGUUUUUAAAUCAUGAAAAUUUGUGUUAUAUACAGCGCACUCCUCUUUAAGUAGCACCAUUUUCAUAUUUUAGAAUACAACUGUCGAUUUUCAAAAACUUUUCAUCUCUGAAGGUCAUGAAGUUGGAGUAGAAACAGAAAAUUUUGAAAAUCGACCCUUCUUUCUUUUUUUUGGUGCGUGUAAAGUGGAACACACUGUAUAUCUUUUUUUUGAAUUAUAAGUAUACCGAUUAGAAGUGAAGUCGUAUUUUCUAUAAGAUUUAUUGAACGUUUUGUGGGGUUUGUAAGAGAUCUGUAUAUUUUUUAUUUUUGUACUGCACUGAGUGACACUAUUUUUACGCUUACCCUUAAUUCAUCACUUCAUCUUUCGUCUCUAAACAGAUAAGGCGUUUUGAUAAGGACGGUAUUAAUUUCAUGGUAAAUUAAUCGGAAAAUGGUAAUUCGCGUCACUGACUACCCAGAAGUUCGUUUCUUAUUUUAUUUAGCAGUGUAGAAAAUCCUGAAAAUUUGAAUUUAAUGUCUUCUAAUUUUUAAAAAUAUAUUUGCGAUAGUUGCAAUUAAAUUUUUAUAAAUGCAACGGUUAAAAGACGGCACAUUUUUCUUUGUUCUCUGAGAGAACGUCGUAAAAGUGUAUCUACCUCUUCAAAAUUUUGAAAUAGAACAUGAAUUUUAAAACAUAAAUUUUGGUAUUAGAGAACAGCAAAUGUUUUUGUCGAAAUGAUAGCCUUGUCUGUAUAAAUUACUAAGCUUUACUUACAGCGUGACUGAUUCUUACUUUUUAUUAAUGGUAGUGGUUAAUGUUUUUGUUACGAUGUUUGAUAAAAAAAAAAAAUAUUUUAUAUGUUAGUUUUGUCUAUAUCUGUAUUUAUAUAUAGGAAUCACUAGAAAAUUGAUGUGUUCUAAAGAUUUUUUAUCUCUUGUCAUGGUCAUGGUUUUUAAAACAAUAAGAUAACAAUAAAUAAGACAAAUAAGUGA